UGCAGUCCAGUGCCGACCGGCCGGGGACCCGCUUGUUCCGAGCGCGCACACUUCUCGGCCGGACGGAGGACGCCGCCAGCUCCUGGCCGCCCCUGUACUCGCCUGCGGCGGCAGCUCGGCGCACCGCCCCCGGCCCGGCACCGCGUCGCGGCCGCGUCCGAGCGCAGAACUCCGGCCCCAGGAACCUCCCGGCCGUUGGCGGACCCAGCAGCCCCGCCGCCGGCACGUUCGGCGCCCUGCUCUCGGGGCACAGGGGAGGGCGGCGGCCGGCUGGUGAUGGGCGGCCCGGCGGCGCGGAGGGGCGCCGGGGGGCUCCGCGCGCUGCUCCUGGCGCUGGUGGCCGCGGGGAGCCCCGCGGGCGCCUACAAUCUGGACCCGCAGCGCCCCGUGCGCUUCCAGGGUCCCGCCGGGUCCUUUUUCGGCUACGCGGUGCUGGAGCACUUCCACGACAACACGCGCUGGGUCCUUGUGGGUGCACCAAAGGCGGAUUCCAAGUACAGCACUUCCGUGAAGUCCCCUGGGGCUGUGUUUAAGUGCCGCGUCCACACCAACCCUGACCGGAGAUGCACCGAACUGGACAUGGCUCGAGGGAAGAAUCGGGGUAUGCCCUGUGGAAAGACCUGCCGGGAAGACAGAGAUGAUGAGUGGAUGGGGGUGAGCCUGGCCCGGCAGCCCAAGGCUGAUGGCCGCGUGCUGGCCUGUGCCCACCGCUGGAAGAACAUCUACUACGAAACAGACCACAUCCUGCCCCACGGCUUCUGUUACAUCAUCCCAUCCAACCUCCAGGCCCAAGGCAGGACGCUGAUUCCUUGCUAUGAAGAGUAUAAGAAGAAGUAUGGAGAGGAACAUGGCUCCUGCCAGGCUGGGAUAGCGGGCUUCUUCACUGAGGAGCUGGUGGUGAUGGGUGCCCCAGGGUCAUUUUAUUGGGCUGGGACGGUCAAAGUGCUGAACCUCACAGACAACACCUAUUUCAAACUAAAUGAUGAAGUGAUCAUGAACAGGAGGUACACCUACCUGGGUUAUGCAGUUACUGCCGGACACUUUUCUCAUGUGUCCACCACUGAUGUGGUAGGAGGUGCCCCUCAGGACGAAGGCAUUGGGAAGGUUUAUAUUUUUAGAGCUGACCGAAGAUCAGGCACCUUAAUUAAGAUAUUUCAGGCAUCAGGUAAAAAGAUGGGCUCUUACUUCGGCUCCUCCUUAUGCGCAGUUGACCUGAACGUGGACGGCCUCUCUGACCUGCUCGUGGGGGCCCCCAUGUUUUCUGAGAUCAGGGACGAAGGGCAGGUCACUGUCUACAUCAACAGAGGAAACGGAGCCCUGGAGGAGCAGCUGGCCCUGAGUGGGGAUGGUGCCUACAAUGCACACUUUGGGGAGAGCAUCGCCAGCCUGGGCGACCUCGAUGAUGACGGGUUCCCAGAUGUGGCCAUUGGCGCACCCAAGGAGGAUGACUUUUCAGGAGCGGUGUACAUCUAUCAUGGUGAUGCCGGUGGGAUGGUCCCUCAGUACUCCAUGAAACUUUCUGGGCGGAAGAUAAGUCCAGUCCUGCGGAUGUUUGGUCAGUCCAUAUCAGGAGGCAUUGAUAUGGAUGGAAAUGGCUAUCCUGAUGUAACUAUUGGAGCUUUCAUGUCGGACAGUGUGGUUCUCCUAAGGGCGAGACCCGUCAUCACGGUGGAUGUCUCCAUCUUCCUCCCCACCUCCAUCAACAUCACGGCGCCCCAGUGCCACGAUGGCCAGCAGCCUGUGAACUGCCUGAAUGUCACCACCUGCUUUAGCUUCCACGGCAAGCACGUUCCGGGAGAAAUAGGCCUGAAUUACGUUCUGACGGCUGAUAUGGCCAAAAAAGAAAAGAGCCAGUUGCCCAGGGUCUACUUUGUGUUGCUGGGAGAGUCCGUGGGUCAGGUCUCAGAGAAGCUGCAGCUGGUCCAUUUGGAGGCGACGUGUCAUCAUUACGUGGCCCAUGUGAAGCGGAGAGUGCAGGACGUCAUCAGCCCCAUCGUGUUUGAGGCCGCCUACAGCCUGGGUGAGCAUGUGAUGGGAGAGGAGGAGAGGGAGCUGCCGGCCCUGACCCCCGUGCUCCGCUGGAAAAAGGGACAAAAGAUUGCCCAGAAGAAUCAGACCGUGUUUGAAAGGAAUUGCCGAUCUGAGGACUGUGCCGCCGACCUGCAGCUUCAGGGUCACCUGUUACUCUCCAGUGUUGAUGACAGAACCCCGUAUCUAGCUAUGGGGGCUGUGAAGAAUAUCUCCCUAAACAUCUCCAUCUCCAACCUCGGGGACGAUGCCUAUGAUGCCAACGUGUCCUUCAAUGUUUCCCGGGAGCUCUUCUUCAUCAACAUGUGGCAGAAGGAGGAAAUGGGCAUUUCCUGUGAACUGCUGGAAUCGGACUUCCUCAAAUGCAGUGUGGGAUUCCCUUUCAUGAGGUCGAAGUCGAAGUAUGAAUUCAGCGUGAUCUUUGAUACAAGCCACCUGUCUGGGGAAGAGGAAGUUCUUAGCUUCAUCGUUACUGCUCAGAGAAUCAUGUCUCCAACCUCCUUUGUGUACGGCGAGUCUGUGGACGCAUCCAGCUUCAUUCAGCUGGAAGACCUGGAGUGUCAUUUCCAGCCUCUCAACGUCACCCUUCAGGUCUAUAACACUGGGCCAAGCACCCUUCCUGGGUCAUCUGUCAGCAUCUCUUUCCCCAGUCGUCUGUCACCUGGAGGAGCUGAGAUGUUUCAUGUGCAGGAGAUGGUGGUGGGCCAGGAGAAGGGAAACUGUUCUUUCCAGAAAAACCCAACCCCCUGUAUCAUCCCUCAAGAACCAGAAAAUAUCUUCCAUACGAUAUUUGCUUUUUUCACAAAGUCGGGAAGAAAAGUCUUGGACUGCGAAAAGCCAGGAAUUUCUUGCCUAACAAUGCACUGUAAUCUUAGUGCGUUGGCUAAAGAAGAAAGUCGUACUAUAGACAUUUACAUGCUGCUGAACACAGAAAUACUGAAGAAGGACAGUUCAUCUGUCAUCCAGUUCAUGACCCGCGCCAAGGUGAAGGUGGACCCUGCCCUGAGGGUGGUGGAGGUAGCCAGUGGGAACUCAGAGGAGAUGACGGUGGUCUUCGAGGCGUUGCACAAUCUGGAGCCCCGAGGCUACGUCGUGGGGUGGAUCAUUGCCAUCAGCUUGCUGGUGGGAAUCCUCAUCUUCCUGCUGCUGGCUGUGCUGCUCUGGAAGAUGGGCUUCUUUCGCAGAAGGUACAAAGAAAUUAUUGAAGCUGAGAAGAACCGUAAAGAGAAUGAAGACAGUUGGGACUGGGUCCAGAAAAACCAGUGACCUGCCACCCCACCCCACCCCGGUCAUGUGGCCCAGUGGUUCGCCUGUCUUCCUGAUCUUUGUAUCUUCCAUAUUUGGAAGAAAGAAUCUUCUCCAGAUUUUUCGGAGGCCCCACGAUGCUGUUCUCGUCCUCGUUCUCUCAAGCCCAGGUGCCAACCUGAGGCAGUCACUUCGGCCAGGUCACCUGACUGGAACCACCACCACUUCCUUUUCCAGCUGAACCCACAACUUUGGAAAGCCGGCUGCAGAGCCAGGCGAUAUUUAUGGAUGCAACAUGCGUGGUCAACCCUCAGGGGAAAACUGUUACCUAAAAGUAUUUUUAUAAAUAUAAGCCUUUUAUACUGAUUAUGUCUUUAUAUUUGUAUCGAUGUUUUAUUAUUUCUAUUAAAUGGUUAUAUAGUUCACUCAAGCACUGAUAUCUGGCCUGAAAUCUUGGAAAUACUUGUAUAUUCAUACAAAUGUUAAAGGAUAAAGAUCUUAUUGUACUCUGGAACUUGCUGUUAAAGAAGACUCAGAUGAAAUCAUCUGAAGAAACCUCAUGUGAUGAAUCCACCCAGCGGGUGGUGCUGUAUAUCAGCUGUGGUUUGGGGCUGAGCCCGAAGGCAUCUCACAUCUCUGUUGCCUGGAGUCAAGUGCGGAAUAAUGUGCUGAAGAACCACGAGAGUUUUUUCAUCUGUACCGUUCAUUGGAAGAUUCCCAGCAGGAAUUUGGAUGGAAAAACCUGAUUCUUGAGGUCUGUUCUACAUCACCUUAUAGAGCAGACAUUUCACCCUCCUUGCACUUAAAUUAAGACAUGAAAGCUUGGAGCAAUGCCAUUUCAUCACUGGUAAACCUCAGAAUGGCAUCUCAUCCUGGACAUCGUGCAUCAGAGUCCGCAUACCACCGGGACUGAAUUGGUGCCCACCAAGCAGAGACUUGUGUCUGAGUGCUGUGAUGUGUUAUCUUUUCAUGUUAAUUUGAGUCCAGGGGUCUCCAUUAUCCCCAUCACUCUUGCUGUCCCAGCUAAUGGUAAUUGCAGUGUCCUUCCCAGAGAUGACCAUUCAACCUGUCCUUAUUUUUUUUAAUCGUGUCUUAGGUGGAAUUCUUAAGAAGUGGACCCUGAGACAAGGAUUUUCACACAGUAACUUAUUAAGGAAGUAUCCCCAGGGCACACCAGUAAGGACACGAGGGAAGCAGGACACAGAAGGGGAGGAAGACAGGUAAGGGAGCCAUUUCAGGGCAGGUCCCGUGCAGGGGGUCUUCAGCCUGAUCCUGCUGGGGGGCUCUGGAGGGUAAGUUAUGCCUCAGAGUUGUCCCAACCCGGGGCAAGGGAGCUGAGCUUUCAUAGUCUUGGACCCAGGAGAGAUGUAAACUUUCUGCUUUCACUUCCUGCCAGCAAAAUAGCCCCAGUAGCUCAGGAGCAGUCCUCAAAAAGAGGGCUGCACCCCCAGCCUGGGAAGCGCACAGAAAUAAUGCAAAAGAAAUGAUGCAGAGGGAUCUGGGCAUAGCACUGACGUCCUCGCCUAUCCCCUGUACAGGUGAAUGCUGAGUUAUGGCCUUCACUAUCCAAGCUCUCUAUUUGACAGUGUUCAUUACCAGACACGCAGUGCUGUCCAGAUUUGAGUGCAGUGUGAUUCUCUGAAAGGGCGAGGUGGUGAUGGAUGUAGCAAGCUCAACAUCAUGCCUGGCCCAUAGUGAACAUUCAAUAACCAUGAGCAGCCCUGGCUGCUUUUACCGCUGCUGGAAAACCAUCUGGUACAGGGGAAAACGUGCCAAAGAGCAGGGUCUGACAGAGUCCUUAGUCACUUAUCACAGCCUGCUCAAGCCCCGGGUACAAACAGAUGGCAUCAGAUGAGAAUGAAACAAGAAACAAAACCAGGCAUCUUUCUCAUAGGGCCUUGUUGACUGGGAGCUAAGAUGUGCGGGGGCCCGUGAGUAUUGUUGAAAAGACACAGAACUCAACUUCAGGGGAGAUAGGUUUUUCCAGACACAUAGUUGGCUAAUGCUUGCAAAGAUAUCUAAAGUUUUGGCAAAAUUAUGAGGGUGCUGGGCGGUUGCAAACCUGGCAGGGAGCACACGUGUCUUUUUGUUUCUUACGCAGUUGACUCUGACACAGGAAGAUACAGAAUGCAUCAUGCUCCCCUUCCAGUUCUCACUCAGAGUUCACCUCUGACAGAUAUGUAUGGGGCCCCUGCUGUGCAUCAGGCCCUGUGCUAAGUGGGGGGGGUUCCCCAGUGAACACCACCCCACAUUUUGCCCCAGGGGAGGCAGAUCUUCCCACAGUGGGAUCGUGAAUUCCUUUACGAGACCUCAUCUGCAGCCUUCCUUGGAUGGACUUCUGCUUGUUGUUUCAUGUUGUCCUUUAAUAAAUCAUUUAGGAUUCUUAGGUGGUAGGCCUGGGACAGCUCCAUCAGCAGCUUUGGCCAAAUGCACGACUAGCCACAGCCAGCCUCCUGCAAGGUGUGCAGACGCAUGGGAGACAGUGUAGCAGGAUAACUGGCAGGCACGCGGUUCUGCCAGCCAGAGGGGAAAGCCUCACCAGGGGAGGGGCAGGCUCCAUAGCCAGUCUCAGAGCUGGGAUCCAUGUGCUUCUGGGUGGUUCUGAGUGGUGGACACACGAGUGGUCACAUACCCAGGAGAUUACUAAGACUAAAUAGGGCAGUUUUUAAGAAAAUCACGCUUGGCCUCCACUGGAGGAAAUACUGGCAGCCACUCUGGAACCUGUAUGGGGAGGAUGGUACAUCUGCUUAUCUCCUGAUGCUGAGUAGGCGGGGCAGCAUGGACUGGGGAGGUGACCAUUUAGCACAGAGAUAGGGAAGUUGAGCAGGUUAUCAGCGCUCUCAGCUUGGCCGGUUCACCAGCUCCAUCCAGUUCAGAAGCCCUCAGUAGGCUCUUGGGGGAAGCAGACAGGAUGGGUUGGUGUGUCUUUGUUCCUUCUCCAGAAGGUUCUUUUAAAAUUCCACAGUGCCUUCCAAUUUCCACCUUUCCUGCUUCUGCGGGUUCACUGUGGAAUGCCAUCUGAUGUUCUCUUGCACAGCAUUAUUUAAGUCUGCUUCAGCUUUUUGGUUGUGUAUUCACUAGGGUUAUAAUCAACUGUCAGAAGGAUUGAGGUGCUCUUUAAAUAUGACAAAAGGACCUUUGUAGAAAUUAAGUGAAAUAAUGCCCCCUUUUCAAAAAUGAUUCACUUAUGCUCAGUUUACAUGGGACUCAGGAGUUUGGAACAUCAGCUAAGUGAGCCCUGGACCUGUCACAAAGAAGAGGCCAUGAGGUUCAGGAACGAGGGGACACUGGCAGGAGUGAGUGGGUCCAGUGGCUUUACGGUGACUGGCAGGCACACGGCCAGAAUCACUUGCUACUGAGGUCACUGAGGCUUUCUCAGUCAAUUCUUCAGGAAACUUCCAUCAGCAUUCUGAAGUUGGGUAAGCUUUGUAGAAAAUCCGAUGGAAAGUCCUCCUUCACCAAAUCAUAUGUAACCUUCAGCCCUGGAGCCAGAGGCAGGGAGGUUCAAAACAAAACCAGCAGGCCUCCUGGAAACAUCAGGGACCUGUUUUCAAUGUGGAUGUGUAGCAGGUCCCUUAGGUGGUUGUGAUGGGUGCUGAUAUGCUACCUGUGGAACCGUAGCAAUGUCGUUUUUAAAAAAGGUUAUUCUACUUUUAUUUUUGGAUAAGGCAUCAUAUCAGGGCAACGCAGUUACACUCGGGUUACCUGUAAAACCUACACCUGAUGAAACCUGCACCUAAUUCAGACUUCCGGAAAUGUAGAGGCAAAGCAAAGGAUUGGUAUUUGGGGGAAAUGGCCUUUUAGCAGAUAAAAGGCAGAAAACGAGUGUCCCUUAGAAAUGCUCCAAGUAUGCAGGGUUUUAGUCCAUGUGUUGUUUUGCUAUAUAGAGCAAGAAUAUACACAGUGGAGAAUAUGUUCUGAAGCAAAGAAUGGCUGAAGGGUUAGGAUACAAAGGCAGUAGGGCCAAAAUGAACCUUCUAGAAUGUCUUCUGAUUUUCAGCAUGUGAGGGGGAUAAUGAACAAAUGUCCCACGUGAUGCAGUGCUUUGUAGCACAAUGAUCUAGAUUUCAGACUGUGUUAAGGUUUUUUCAAAUUCUAAUGUGCACGGUGUGACCGGCGGAGUAAGUUUAAAAGCUUUAAGAGUGUGAUGAAUUGCAUGGCAGGCACCCACGCUAACUUCACUUCCAGAACUUGAUUGAUGCAUCUGUGUACGUUUCCGUUGAGGAAUUUCAGUGGGAGGGGUGUUCCUCUUCACAAAGUCGCAUGUAUUCAAGUCUGUGCAGUCACUUCUAAUUCACUUGCACUGUUUGGGAAAUGCAGGUUUACAAAAGUACGUGUUUGGAAUAAAAAAACGGCUACAAACGA